CGGGCGCGCGCCCCGCCGUCGUGGCCUCGCGAGAGGACCGCCCGCGACCACAGCACUCCCACGCCGACCGUCCUCUCAUGCGCACACUCUGCUGCGCAGCCCAACCCAACACUGCAAGCAUCCACGCAUGGCCACACGACACAACGCCAUUUGACCGCUCUUAGAGAAACCCAGGCUCGACUUUCACGGUGCGCCUCGUGCCCUACAAUGUGUGACUGCUGCGAUCCUCACGACGGCGACCGGGACCUGUUCGUCCCCGACGUGCUGCUCGAGGUGCUGGCGCUGACGGCGGCCCGGCGGCCGCGGGAGCGGCGCGACCAGGUCGCGGCCGCGGCGGCGGUGCCCGGAGGCCUCCGCGGCGGCGUCCUCUACCCGACGCCCCGCCGCCUGAGCCGGCCCGACUGGGGCGGCCUCCCUUGCUCCGGGUACCCGGGUCUCGUCAGGGUCCCCGUGUGCGGCGACGUCAGCUGCCGCCACCUGCCGUGCUACACCUGGCACCUGGGCGCGCACCGCCCGGACACGCUGUACUCGCGGCUCAUGCAGCGCCGGGGCAGCGCGGCCCCGGACCAGGGCGACGACGGCAUCCUCCGCGACCUGCUGCAGAAGCCCAUCAUCCUGGAGUGCGGCGCCGAGGCGGAUGACGCGCACGACGGGCUGGUGCAGCCGGUGCAGGCCACCGUGACCACGCCUGGCGGCACCGUCACGCUGUACAGGUGGCCGAGCCCCGACCCCACCGCCAGUCAGGUCGCCGUCGGCCCAGCCGCCGCGCCAGCCGCCAGCCUGGUGGACAAGGCAGCUCGCAGGAAGGCUGACCGCAAAAGGUCCAUGACGACAACGAGCCCGGUGCCGCGGGGGCGCGGGCGCGCGGGCGGGCGCCGCGCCGGUGCCCCAGGCCCCAACAAGCACACCGCGGAGAGCAUGCGGGCCGCGCUCGUGCGCGCCAUCACGUGCGUGGACCACGGCGAGCACAAGAUGAGCGACAAGCUCAAGCGGGCGCUGCACGGCGUGUCCAGGGCGCUGCACUGACUGCGCAGCUGCACUGCGGAACACAGUGUGUGACCGGAACAUGAGCACAUCAGGUGCGCGACCUGAAGCGUACGCGACCAUAUGUCGCUCACCUGCAGGCAGACUCGUGGCGUGGCUGGACGACGCGCAACACUCGUCCUAUAUGGAGUUAUCUUACGGCGCAGAUCACCCGAAGGGGCGGCGAUACCCGGGUGGAAGGAUCUUCACUUAGACUAUAGUUCAAACUGUAGUGUUGAAUCUGAAGACAUCAAACUCCAUUUAAACUGUAGAAAAAAGUCGGUAAUUUCUGUAGUUUAUUCACGACUGCAGUAUUGGGCUUUUGUAAACAGUUAGUCUGCAGUCAGACUGCACUUUUUAUGUUGUUACAUACUAAAGUUCCAAUUUGCACUUGCGAAUUUAGUUAAAAGACAUUAUACAAACAAGUAUCCAUCCGUUGUUUAACUACUGAGUAAAAGUGUAUUCUAAAUUACACAGUUAAUACGCUGGAAUAACAUUCUAAACAGAGAUAUCGGGACGAGUAAUUCUGCGCUGUCAGUGUGUUACUAUUUUUACAGUAUAGCUAUACUAGCCGCUGCUAAGUGUACUUAUGUUAAGACCUAAGGUACUACUCACAGUUGAAAUUGUUGAUUACAUUAACAUAUAUGAACACGAGAAGUAUAGGUGAGAACUUUAUAAUGCUAGACUAAAAUUUGGUGAAUUUACUUGUUAUUUUCACAUUAGAUUACUUUAGCGUUGUGUGGGUUCCGUUAUACGUUUGGGAUUUGAAAAAUCUACUGUUAAGGAUCCAGGUUCUUUCUGAAAACAAAAGUGUGCAACUGGCAUACUUGGUAGUGUCUCGGGUAGUGUUCAACAUGGUGCAAGGUAUUAGGUGUUUGACUGGGAAUUUGUAAACUUCCAAGAAGUAUUCAACAGAAAAUUUGAACAUUUUAACGUAUCCAAAGCGAAAGUGUUUAACUUUAAUGUUAAACACUUUUAGUAUUCAAAUAUGCAGUCGAACACUUAAGAGUGCACAACCUUGUGUUGAGCACUUGCACGCGCACGCCAGUUGCACAUACUUCAUUUAUCAUUACAAAGUUUAGUUAUUCAUGAGAUGGAUGGAACAAGGGGAAAAUACGCGCAAAACUACGGAACCCAGUAGUUGCUACAGUUGAAUGACAAAGAAACUGUAGUUAAACUGUAGUUGGACCUGUAGCUGGGCGGGCUGAGACCCUCGGCAUGACACCACGAUACUGAGGCAUCAGAGCUAUGGCGUCGCAGUGGCUCAGUGGUCAGCGUGUCAGGAUCCCAGCUCCAAAGUCUGAGGUUCAACUCCAGUCAGCGGCCGGGCUUCGACUUCACCGUUCGUAAGGUAAAGUGUAAUAACUAAUAUGAAAUAUAAUACAUGGUAAGAAGCUAAUCAGGUAAAUAAAAAAAAAGUUCAAAAAAAAAAAAUGAACAACAUUUUUAACACUAUACUUUUUGAAUAUUUGCUACUACAGCGUUUCGUCAGAUAAAACUAGAAAUAAACUGUAGAUAAACUAUAGUAGUCCGAAAAAUCAGUAGUUUUUCUAUAGUUUUUCCGUACUAAAAGUAGUAAAUUCUAUACUUAGACAUCACUAAUACUGCAAAAUUCUUCAGUUUAAUUCUGGUUUAAACACACUUUACUCUCUCCUUUUUCACAUGUUUAACUACUGUUAUUGGUACAUUUAAAACACAGAAACAUCCUAGAGAGUAAGUGAAGAUCCUUCCACCCGGGUAUGGCGAGCAAAGCCCCUCAAGAGUUGUUCGGACGAGAGAGAGAGAGAGAGAGAGAGAGAGAGAGAGAGAGAGAGAGAGAGAGAGAGAGAGAGAGAGAGAGAGAGAGAGAUUCACAGCGCAUGGCCGGAAGAAGCGUGGCGAAGAAGUGUAACUCAGUACAGCAUGUCGCCACCAGAGGGGAUUUGAGUUACCAGCGUGCGGCCACUUAGUGUGCACUCGAGCCUCUGACCGGAGCAGAAAGGGCCACCUCAUAUAUUUUCAUCGGCGUGACUUAUUAUCGUAGAGUUGGCUCCGACGAGAAACACCCCUCCAAACUGGUAAUAUAUACUUGACCUCCGCGCUACUCAAUAUAUGUAGGGGAAACGAUGAUGUGCGGAAACGAUAAUCGUAACGACGUAUAUUUUUUGUCCUUUUUGGACGUUGUUUCGAUGUUGUCGCGUUUUUGCGGUUAGUCGUGAUUGGUCACAUAGCUAAGGGGCUGCUGCACAAUGUAUUUUCCGAAUACAUAUAUCGAUUUGCCUCACUAUACACAACGCGGUGGGGCGUGCUGUGUUGACGCAGUUUCCGUCUGUAGCGUGCUAAAUUCUCGAUGAGUGCGUAAUAAAUUGAUUGACCUAUA